AGGAAGGUGGAGGCGGAGAAGGUGGAGGGGAAGGUGGAGGCGGCUGGGAAGGUGGACGCCACCGAGAAGGUGGAGUCGGCUGGGAAGGUGGACGCCACCGAGAAGGUGGAGACCGCGGAGGAUCCGGGCCGCGGGGCUGAGCUCAAGCUGGAGCCGGAGCCAGAGCCCAAGCCGAAGCCCGAGCCGGAUCCCGAGCCGGAGCCCGAGCCAGAGCCCGAGCCCGAGCCUGAGCAGGAGCCCGAGCCCGAGCCCGAACCAGAGCCGGAGCCGGAGCUGAAGCCAAAGCCCGAGCCGGAGCUGAAGCCGAAGCCCGAGCCCGAGCCAGAGCCAGAGCCCUUACAGGAGGCAGAGCAGGAGCCUAAGCGGGAGCCGGAGCAGGAGCUGAAGGAUGAGAACCCAGCGCGGAGCGGCGACGAGGUUCCUCCCCCCACCCUUCCCUCCGAUCCGCCGCGGGCCCCUGAUCCCUCUCAGCGUCGCAGCCGGGCCCCGCGCCGCCGACCCCGGCCCCGGCCCCAGACUAGGCUCCGUACCCCGCCGCAGCCUAGGCCCCGGCCCCCGCCCCGGCCCCGGCCCCGACGCGGUCCUGGGGGCGGGUGCCUGGAUGUGGAUUUUGCUGUGGGGCCGCCAGGUUGUUCCCACGUGAACAGUUUUAAGGUGGGAGAGAACUGGAGGCAGGAAUUGCGGGUUAUCUACCAGUGCUUCGUGUGGUGUGGAACCCCAGAGACCAGGAAAAGCAAGGCAAAGUCGUGCAUCUGCCAUGUGUGUGGCACCCAUUUAAACAGACUCCACUCUUGCCUUUCCUGCGUCUUCUUUGGCUGCUUCACAGAGAAACACAUCCAUGAACACGCUGAGACAAAACAGCACAACUUAGCGGUAGAUCUUUAUUAUGGAGGUAUAUACUGCUUCAUGUGUAAAGACUAUGUGUAUGACAAAGACAUUGAGCAAAUUGCCAAAGAAGAGCAAGGAGAAGCCUUGAAAUUACAAACCUCCACCUCAACUGAGGUUUCUCAGCAGCAGUGUUCAGUGCUGGGUCUUGGGGAGAAAUAUCCCACCUGGGAAACGACCAAACCUGAGUUGGAAUUGCUGGGGCACAACCCACGGAGAAGAAGAAUCGCGUCCAGCUUUACCAUCGGCUUACGAGGACUAAUUAAUCUUGGCAACACGUGUUUUAUGAACUGCAUUGUCCAGGCCCUGACCCACACUCCAAUACUGAGAGAUUUCUUUCUCUCUGAUAGGCACCGGUGUGAAAUGCCCAGCCCUGAGUUAUGUCUGGUCUGUGAGAUGUCUUCGCUCUUUCGGGAGCUAUAUUCUGGAAACCCAUCUCCUCAUGUUCCCUAUAAGUUACUGCACCUGGUGUGGAUACACGCUCGUCACUUAGCAGGGUACAGGCAACAGGAUGCCCACGAGUUCCUCAUUGCUGCCCUAGAUGUCCUGCAUAGGCACUGCAAAGGUGAUGAUGUUGGCAAGGUGGCCAGCAAUCCUAACCACUGUAACUGCAUCAUAGACCAAAUCUUCACAGGUGGCCUGCAGUCAGAUGUCACCUGUCAAGCCUGCCAUGGUGUCUCUACCACUAUAGACCCAUGCUGGGACAUCAGUCUGGACUUGCCUGGCUCUUGCACAUCCUUCUGGCCUAUGAGUCCAGGGAGGGAGAGCAGUGUGAAUGGGGAAAGCCACAUACCAGGCAUUACUACCCUCACAGACUGCUUGCGAAGGUUUACAAGGCCAGAGCACUUAGGAAGCAGUGCCAAAAUCAAAUGUGGUAGUUGCCAAAGCUACCAAGAAUCUACCAAACAGCUCACUAUGAAGAAGUUACCAGUUGUUGCCUGCUUUCAUUUUAAACGGUUUGAACACUCAGCCAAACAGAGGCGUAAGAUCACUACAUACAUUUCCUUCCCCCUGGAGCUGGAUAUGACACCCUUUAUGGCGUCAAGUAAAGAGACCCGAAUGAAUGGACAGUUGCAGCUGCCAAGCAAUAGUGGGAACAACGAGAAUAAGUAUUCUUUGUUUGCAGUGGUUAAUCACCAAGGAACUUUGGAGAGUGGCCACUACACCAGCUUCAUUCGGCACCACAGGGACCAGUGGUUCAAGUGUGAUGAUGCCGUCAUCACCAAGGCCAGUAUUAAAGAUGUGCUGGACAGUGAAGGAUAUUUACUGUUCUAUCACAAACAGGUCCUGGAACAUGAGUCAGAAAAGGUGAAAGAAAUGAAUACACAAGCCUACUGAAGCAACACACAGGCCUACCUGUAAUGGAAGAUGAUGACACUCGUACUACAACGGGCAUCGAGAUUUAAUUGAUCUUCUUGACUAAGGCCGAUGGGCCUGACAGAGUAAGAAUUUAACAGUACCCAGUGUCCAAAAGGUCCUGAUUGGAAGAGAAAUAAGAGGGGAGGGCAAAGAGGCUCUAGUCUAAGCAGUCAUGUGAAAGAAAUUAAAUGACAGGAAUGUUUUGGGUGGGGAAGGCAGAGCAGGGAAAUUGUGACACUGGUUCAUCUCCUAUAUUCCUCCAAAAGAUUGUGUGGGAAGGUGUAGGGGGGAGGGGGGUGGUGUUGGGGGGGUUGUGUGCCCUUGUAACCGUAAAACAUCUUUCUUCAUGGGUGUUUCAGCUUCAAUUGACCAAUCAUGUAACAGUUACACGUUUGUGGGAGGAAAAGGAAAAGUGAAUUAAAAUGUAGCCCAUUGUGUACAUGGGGUGAAAGCAGAACAGUGGAGGGGGCAGGGUUAGCUCAUUGACAAGUACCUUUGCCAGUUUCUUUGUACUCGUGAUUUUUGUGCUAUUAAAUGCAGUAUUAAAAAAAAAAAAAGAUAGCCCACAUGGGCUAGUGAAAGGAGAAGAAAUAAGGGGCUUGUGGAAGGGGAGCAGGUGCUCCAAAAGUAGAGAAGGCUAGAAAUGCUGUAAGAUAAGCAGUUAACAAGGACAGGCCUCAGCUGACAGUGUAGUGUGUGUUUUAUUUUAAAAAGCUGUAUGAUAUCCUUGAGCAAAUCAGUGAACCUCUUUGCGAUUGUUUUCUCAUCUGUAACAUGCAGGUAAUUCCUACUUUAAAGGGUUGUUGUUAAAGAUUAAAUGAUAUAAAAUGUGUCAAAGUCAAAGUAAAAGGCUUGGAACAUUGUAGGGACUCAGUAAACAUUUGUUGGAUCUGAA